UUCAAACAUUCCAUCUCACUCCGCAGUGUCACUCCACACAUCAAAAAUAUACACCACCCUCUUUUUGUAGGAAUGCAUGGGACUCCAAGUCAUGGAUCAGCCGGGCUCUCUCGCCUUUCAUCCGUCCACAUGUAGUACUGAGCGCGAGAGAAUCCGGGAAUUAUCCAGGUACUACUGUGCCUUAGAUCGCCCAUUGACACUAUCGACCCCGACCAACGAUGAUGAUGAUGAUGAUGAUGGAUUCGAGUGUGCUCAAAAUUCCCCGCGGGGAGACGAACAGCAGUCGGUCGGCAAUCUUUCUACCGAUAUUACUUUGACGGCACUGGCGCAACUGGGAGUACAUCGUUUAGCGUGCAAUCGGUCGUUUGUCUCCAUAAUCGACGGCGGUAAUCAACACAUCAUCGCGGAAGCUACAGGAUCGAUGUCUCUACGAGAUAAAGACAAGCAUCUGCCCAAUGACGGAAUCUACCUUGGAACGCGAAGUUUAGACUUGAUAUGGGGGAUAUGCCCACAUGCAAUCAGUCUUUUCACGGGACGAGACAUGUCUUACGCCAUCGAUAACGACAACAUGACCGCCAAUCGUACCCGCUAUAUUAUCCGAGAUCUUAAGCAAGAGGAAAUUUUCAAAGACCGACCGUACGUGCGAGCAUGGCCAUAUAUGCGAUUCUAUGCGGAGGUACCGCUGUAUAGUCCCUCCGGUUUCGUCCUGGGAUCAUACUGUGUGAUUGAUGAUAAGCCUCGGACGAUAUUCAGCGAAGAUGAAGUGAACACAUUGAGAGAGGUUGCAGAUGCUGUGGCUCGGCAUUUAGAGCAUGUUCGCAUAGUCCACUGUCACCGUCGAUCCGAGCGUCUGAUCAAGGGAUUAACGAAUUUUGUGAAAGACCAUGCAGACUUUGACCCGCGCGAAGUGUCGAAUGAUCACCGACUCGAAGCAAUGGCCGUCGCAUCCAACGUCAAUACCUCGCCGCCAGAUGAUAGCCCGAGCCCUAUGGAAGCCACAUUCGACCAGCAGUUCGGCUUCGUGACGUCUUCCUCCACCAGCCUCUCGGAACAACCAUCUCCGAUGUUCUUUGCUGGCCCUGCGUCGGGGUCAACCGAGCCGUCAUCUCUCAAUUCCGACCGUCGUUCCUCCCCCGGAGAAGAGAAGUCCAUUGAUGAGGUUCUCAAAUCCGGUUCUCAGCCGCUAGACGAGGUAUCAAACAAUGCCUCUCAACUUUCUCUGGCGGAAAGUACAUCGUUGGGAGAACGUAUCGAACGCAUCUUCCAGAGGGCCAGUGUCUUGCUUAGGAAGUCAAUGGACCUUGACGGCGUAGUUUUCCUCGAUGCUGCCCGUACCAACCCUUCAUUUUUGCCUGCUGACGAUCAAACUGGCUGGGAGCCCUUGCCCAAGACCGCUGUUCCUGAGUUUCCCAUUGCACCAUAUCCUAGUCCCCUAGGCCGUUCUCCAACAUCAUCAAAGACAUCGGAGUUGUGUUGCGAUGUGUUAAGCAAGUCUUUGAAAGUACGAAAAGGCGAGACACUCGAUUCCAAGGCCGAUAUCACGUUCCGUGAGGACCUUCUCAACUUGCUGGUCACUUCCUUUCCACAGGGUCAAAUCUUCAACCUGGACGACUCUGUGGACAGCGACGAUUACUUGUCUUACGAGUCCGGCCUGAAUGAUUCGGAGACCCAGAAUAAACUGAUGCAGAUGGCCACGCGACAGCUCAGCCAAAUCCUACCUGCCGCUAAUUCGGUUCUGUUUUUCCCACUAUGGGAUCACAAUAAAUCCCGUUGGAUGGCAGGUACCCUUGUUUGGACGCAAGACAACCACCGAGCUCUUGGCAUUGAGGAACUUCACUACUUCAAGAUCUUCGGUGAUUCUAUAGUCUCUGAAGUUUCUCGAGCGCAUUGGGCGACAACCGAGAAGUCCAAAUUUGACUUCAUAUCUUCGAUCAGUCAUGAGCUUCGAUCGCCGCUCCAUGGAAUUUUGGCUAGUGCGGAACUCUUGCAGGCAACUUCCCUAGAGCCCGCGCAGGAGGAAAUGCUCAAGAUGAUCGAAGCAUCUGGGUUGACUUUGUUGGACACCACUGAUCAUUUGCUUGAAUUCUGCAAGAUCAACAACCUGACUCAAGUCAAGAUGUCUCGAAAGAAGAAGAGCAAAAGUGAAGAGUCCAGUCUGGUCUCCGACUUCCAUCUUGGACAGUUAGUAGAAGAGGUUGCCGACAUUUUGUAUACGGGACAAAACGCCUCCGAAAUUGUCUCCCAGACAGUGCAGACCUCUUCGCCCGAUCGUACACGGACAAAUCCAUUCCCCCACGACAACCCGACAGAGAUGUCCGUGGUUGUCCGGAUUGAGCAGCGCAAUUCUUGGCUCAUUCGAUCCUUGCCUGGGGCAUGGCGGAGAAUCGUGAUGAACCUUCUUGGCAAUGCCAUCAAAUGGACAAAGUCAGGAUUUGUCGAAGUAUCUUUGUCAAGGAUGAGAAACCCGAUCGAGCCGCGUACGCCAAUUGCACAUCUGUCAGUCACCGACACCGGCAGCGGUAUUGCGCCCGACUUCCUUCGACACAAGCUAUUCUCUCCAUUUUCUCAAGAAGAUUCCCUUUCUGAGGGAGUUGGGCUGGGCCUCAGCAUCGUUCGUCAACUAGUCGCUUCGUUCAAUGGUCAUGUCAAUGUUAGGAGUGAGGUUGGUAUCGGAACACAAGUCGACGUCUACAUUCCAGUGGAUCUUGUUGACAGCCCAGAAGCAAGCCCAGCAUCCUCUCCAUCCCCUUUGAGGGCCCAAGGCGGCUCAGGGCCACCGUUACGGGCGUGCUUGGUCGCAUUCAAUGGAUAUCCGGAUUUGCAAGAAACGCCAACUGGAAUGCUGAGUGUUGAGUCAAAGAGAAAAUUAUCCAUACAGAGCACACUUGCCGAUGUAUUCAUGGCCCAUUUCGGUUGGACUGUGUCUUUGGCGGAGUCUCUCGGCAAGGGAAAGGGAGAUAUUGCAGUGAUUGAGGAGGCGGUUUUGAGAAAGGAAGCAGAAGGUCUUGAAUCACUGGAUCAACUGGCGUCGAUGCAUGGUUUCAGGUUCUUCAUUGUGUUGGGAAGCAACGCUUCCUUCUUCGAAACUUUCCUCGCGCCGAAUUUUGUUUGGGUCUCGCAGCCAUUUGGACCGCAGAAGAUUCAAAGCGCUAUUCAAAAGAUCCUCGACUUGGGCCCUUCCCGCCUUGAGUCUGCGCCAACCGCCACACCUCCGACUUCAAUACUCCUCGGACCUCUGCUUUCCCGUCCUGAAGCUCAACCUUCUCCGACCCGCGACAAUUUCCCCAUGGCGAUGCCGGUCUCUCCAGUGGCACGUCGCAAUCUCGCGCCCUCCCACGCCCUUCCGAUUAGCCCAUCUCACGAGCCGCAGGAUAUCCACGUUCUCGUCGUCGAUGACAACAACAUCAACCUCAAGAUCCUGGCCACCUUCAUGCGCAAAAUCGGCUGCAGCUACGAUACAGCCUCGAAUGGCCUAAUUGCCCUAGAGAAGUACAAAGCCUCGGAACGGCGAUUCGACUUUGUUCUCAUGGAUAUCUCAAUGCCUGUCAUGGACGGCCUAGUUUCCACGAGCAAGAUCCGCCAACAUGAGAAAGAAAACGGCCUCAAACCUUCUUGCAUCAUGGCCAUCACUGGUGUCGCCUCGGACGCUAUGCAACAACAAGCCCUCGCAGCAGGGAUUAACGACUAUUUGAUCAAGCCCCUUUCACUUCAAGAGUUGAAGAAGAUUAUGAGCAUUACAUGAUACCAUUUUAGUGCGUUUAGCGAAUUCUAAGAUCUUGAUUUGAGACUCGGUGUUUUGGUGUCUUUGAGUUUCUUUUUUUCGAUUAGUAUUAAUUUAUAUUGUGAUCCCACAAAUUCUAAUGAAGAGAUGUGAGGUUUAUCAGACCAACUGUUGGGACUGAAACCCGUGUAUGUACUUUGAUACAUCUUUGAUGUCCUCCCUCUUGCUCGUUUGCUGGUUGUUAGUGC